AUGGCGGCUUCAUUGGAGUCCUUCGCAGCCCAAUUGGAGCAUGCAGCAACGCAGCCGAACAGUUCUCGCUUGGCUUUCUACGAAUCUCUCAUCUCCGAUCUUCUGCAACAAGCAUCAAACAAGCUCAAUCGCAACGACCUGCUUGAAGCUACAUCGGCGUAUCUGCGUCAUGCGGUCUUUAGCGAGCAGAAUUCUACCGGCGGUGGGUUGGUCAUCGGCAGACAAGCACUCACUGCACUCGAGCAUCAUGCAGGACGGAUAGCAGAGCAAUACGAGACGCAGCGCCGGGACAAGGAAAUAAUGCAAGACGACCAAGACGAAAGUGUACCUGCAAUUGCAGAUAGGGACACACGCCGACAAUUGCUCGAGAACGCGUUGGAGCAGCUGCAACCUCGAGUCCUCAGCUUUGAGGAACAGGCGUCGAACCUUCGAAUGCAGCUGGCAAGUUUGCUUGAGGCAGAAGAGGACUGGAACGAAGCGGCGCGUGUUCUAUUGGCUAUUCCUCUAGACUCGGGUCACCGCAACAUCUCGGACCAUUUAAAGCUCUCAAUUUACGUGCGCAUAGUACGUCUCUUGCUCGAGGGUGAUGAUCCAGUUGCAGCAGAUAUGUACCUUAAGCGCGCAAGCAUGAUCAUUCACAACGUGCCCGGUGCACUUCCCUCGCAGUACCAACAGCAGCAGCAGCAGCAAUUGCAGGAAGAGCAGCACGUAGCUGCCUCGACGACUGCAGGACAUGGAGAUGAUGCACACGAGGCAUCGGCAGCAAGCGGCUCGAAAUUCAAGCUCGAGGAUCCCAAGGUGCUGGGCCUACAGUAUCGCCUUUCACAAGCACGUAUCUACGACUCGCAACGACGAUUCGCAGAAGCAGCGAUCCGAUAUCACGAGCUGAGUUACGUGGCCGAGAUCGACGAGGACGACCGUGCCAUGAUGCUGUCGGCUGCUGUGACAGCGGCGAUUCUAUCGCCAGCUGGGCCCCAGAGAGCGAGGACGCUGGCCAUGUUGAUGCGCGACGAACGUACACCAUCGCUGCCCCAAUACACGAUUCUCUCCAAGGUGUUUCUGGAUCGUGUUAUUCGUCCAGACGAGAUUGCGAGCUUUGAGAAGCUGCUCUCUCCGCAUCAGAUUGCCAAGCUUGCACCGUCAUCUGCUCCAGGUGCAACAAGCACCUCGUCGACAACGAUGGCCGCAGGGAAAGGCAGCAAAUCGGUACGUCAUGCACCAUCGACAGUGUUGGACAGGGCCAUGAUCGAACACAACGUGUUGAGUGCAUCGAGGCUGUACGACAACAUUACACUGGCAGGAUUGGGGGCUUUGGUAGACCUGAGCCCUGCAGGAGCGGAGGACAUUGCGCGAAAGAUGAUUAUGCAGGGUCGACUAAAAGGCUGGAUAGACCAGGUUGGAGAUGCAAACACGCAAGGUGGCGAUGGAGUGCUCUUCUUCGUUGAUCAGUAUCGACGUGGUGAAGGAGAGACGACGGCUGGCGGCUUGGAGGCUACCAAAGUCGACAGCAGCGGCGGUGACGGUAGCGGUGGUGGACGAGGCGCAGCGGAAGGCGAUGUCGAUGGCGGCGCAUGUGCAGGCGACGUUGACACCAAAUGGACCCGCCGGUGGGAUCAACAGAUCGCUCAGGUGACCGGUGCCUUGGAGGAUGUCUGUCAGAGAAUCAAUCAGAUCUCUACAGCUUGGGCGUCGGGAACGACCGCAGGCGUUGCUGCUUGA